AUGGGGCGCCCGGUGCAGCUGGUGCGUCUGGAUGGCAAAGGGGGCCUGACCCUGGACGAGGAGGCCCUGAGCCGCUGCCUGGAGCAGGGUGGGGUGGGGGACGCCCCCGUCUGCCUGGUGUCCAUCGUCGGGGAGCAGCGCCUGGGUAAAUCCUUCCUGCUGAACUACCUGCUGCGCCGGCUCCAGAGCCCGGUGAGUGGGGAAGGGGGCAGUAAUCAAGUUACAGUGAAGAUGAAGGGUCUUUCAUCCUGUCCUAGCUACGCAGUGAGCGCCUUUCUGCGUAAUUUGAUCAUUUUCUUUAUUAUUUAUCACAUUCACAAGCUGGAAUCAGCCCAGUACAGCGUGACUGGUCCUGGCCACCCUGUCACUGCCAUUGUGGGUGAGGCCACUGUGUUACCCUGUCACCUGUCCCCCAGGAUGAGCGCUGAGAACAUGGAAGUGAGAUGGUUCCGAUCUGAGUUCACUUCAGUUGUGCACCUGUAUCAGCAUGGGAAGGAUCAAUAUGGGAAGCAGAUGCCAGACUAUCGUGGAAGGACAGAGCUUUUGAAAGCUGGCAUCACGGAUGGGAAUGUUUCCUUGCAAAUUCUUAAUAUCAGACACUCAGAUGAAGGACAAUACUACUGUUUUGUUCAAGAUGGUUCUUUUUAUGAAGAAGCCCUAUUGGAACUGAAGGUAGCAGCUUUGGGCUCCAAUCCUCUUGUCUCUGUGGAGAGUCACCAGGAUGGAGGGAUCCGGGUGGUUUGUCAAUCGACUGGAUGGUAUCCAGAGCCCAAGGUGCUAUGGAGAGAUCGCAGUGGACAAGAAUUAACAUCACUCUCUGAAGCAAAAUCCCUAGGGGAUAGUGGCCUGUUUGAAACAGAAAAUUCUAUUAUUAUAAAAGAACAUUCAAACCAGAACCUGUCCUGUUGGAUCAGGAACACCUUUCUCAAUCAAGAAAAGGAAUCAACAGUUUAUAUAGCAGAUUUCUUUUUCCCGAGGGUGAAUCCAUGGAUGGUGGCGCUGAGUGUGAUUCUCCUGGUUUUGUUUGUUUCCAUUGGCCUCGCUGUUUAUCUAUUUAAAAUAAAAGGUACAAGGUUCAUUUCAGUGGAAGUUGCCUGUUACACGUGUAUCUGCAUCAUUCAGCUCUCCAAAGCCUUCAUUGUGUGGGAGAUACAGUACUACUGA